GCUCCGCAACCACUGAAACCAUGGUCUGGGGUACGCAGUGCCAAGGAACACGGACCAAUAUCUUAUCAAGUAGAUAUGAUAAUACCUGGUUCAAAGCCAGAGGGGAGCGAAGAUUGCCUAUAUCUUAAUGUAUACACACCAGAUAUAAAACCAUCGUCAUCACUUCCAAUAAUGGUUUUCAUACAUGGAGGAGGGUUUAUGUGCGGCAGUGGCAAUGAUAAUAUAUAUGGACCUGAGUUUCUUGUCAAAGAAAAUGUGGUGCUUGUUACUAUCAAUUAUAGAGUCGACAUUCUAGGCUUUCUUUGCCUUGACACUGAGGAGAUACCCGGUAACGCGGGCAUGAAAGAUCAAGUUGCUGCGCUCAGGUGGAUCAAGAAAAAUAUUAGCAAUUUUGGAGGUGAUCCCGAUAACAUCACCAUUUUUGGAGAAAGCGCUGGAGCAGCUAGUGUUGUAUUCCAUUUGAUAUCGCCUAUGAGUAAAGGAUUAUUUAAAAGAGCUAUUGCUCAAAGUGGUUCUGCCACUUGCUUUUGGGCGCAAAGUUUUGAACCUCGUGAAAGAGCUAUAGCUUUCGCGCGGAAAUUAGGAUUCCAUUCCCAGGACAUCGACGAACUUACGAUGUUUUUCAAAUCUCAACCUAAAGAGAAUCUUGUCCAACUUAAAGCGCACAUAACACUCUCUGAAAAAGCAAAGGAGUCAAAUGAACCGCAGUUAAAUAUUGUCGAUGAAAAGGAAUUCGGUGACAACGAAAGAUUUUUCUACGGAGAUGUCAAUGAUGCUCUACGAAACGGAAUUCAUGAGGGAGUACAAGUUAUAGCGGGCUACUGUGAACACGAAGGACUCAUGGGGUUGUAUGGUGUCGAUAUACAAAAGAUGCUUGAACAGGCAAAUUAUUACAAUGAUUUUCUUGUCCCUAAAGAAAUUGUAAUUAAUUGUCCUUUACGUGAAGUUCUAGAAGUAGGAAGGAUGAUGAAAAACUUUUACUUUGGCAAAAAUAAAGUUUCUAUGGAAAACUUGGAACAAUUAGUCAAGUUCAUCGGAAUGAAUAUGUUUAACUAUCAGAUAGUACAAUUUUCAAAAAUGAUAUGUAAGAAGAACAAAGCAUUGUUUUAUAAAUUUACUUGCACUUCUGAGUUGAAUUUAAUGGGACAUAUUUUCGGCUUCGAAAAGAUUUUAGGCGCAAAACCCGUAGUGUGCCACGGGGACGAUUUGCCCUAUAUAUUCAACAUGAAAAUGUUGCCAAUAAAAGUUGACCAGAAUUCAAAAACUUACAAACUAAUUAACAAUGUCGUGAAACUUUGGACCAAUUUCGCCAAAUUCGGGGACCCAACACCAGACGAUUCUUUAGGAGCACGCUGGCCACCUUAUACUACAUCGGAAGAACAAUAUCUGGACAUUGGUAACGAGUUGGUAGUUAGUUCGUCUCCAGACAAAGAACAGGUCGAAUACUGGGAAAAGCUGUUUGAAGAAUAUUGUCCUUAUUAUUCUUUUUAUGAGUGAAGUUAUGUUUUCACCUCUUUUGUAUGGUCUAACACGGAGAUGCCGUUAAGACAAUUAUACAUUUAUUUAUUUCACAGAUAUAAAUUAAAUUUAUACUUUAUAGUACCUACUGUUGCCAACGGUCUUGCAACUCCUUGCUGUAUUAAUAUGUUGUGUCGCGUAUUGCCUAAAAACAAAAUUCAUAAAGGAAAACAAUUUCACGUGCACGCUAGGGUUGACGCGUCGAGUUUAAUUGAAAACAUAAUCACCACUGGAGUGCCGAAUAUUGCCGACCGAAUAUUGAACCGCUCGGGGUGUCCGGGAAUAUUUAUGUGCAAUCCGGCCUUUUGUGAGGCUUCUUGUGUUUUGAGGUUAAUCGAAAUAGAGCGCGCGAAUUAUUUGAAAAUACUUCCAUUCUCGAGCUUGUUUACAGCAGACCGGAACAGUGUUUUCAUGGCUAAGAUAUGAACUGAAAAUGUUUAUGAAAAAUCAGGUUUUCUAAGAAUUUGUAUGUUUAACUAAAAGUGUCUGUUGUUAUUUGACUGAUAUUGGAUGCAAA